ACGUGUUAUUAUUCAGUGCGUAACCUCCUUGUCGAGUUUCGUCUCGUCCGAGUACUCUGCACGAUCACCCGACUCGAGACGGUUAGGCCUAACUCGGCUGAAAAUCGUCUUUUCGUUCGCCGUUUCACUCCUAAAGAUUUCCCUUUGAGCCGAGACGAUUAAUCGGCCGGUCAAUUUGAAAGACACGAUUUUCAUGUUAUCCGCAUCCAGCUGAUAAUAAUUCGGUAUUUUGUACCUUUAUAGAAAUGGGCCUGACGAUAUCCAGCGUUUUGACUCGCCUGUUUGGAAAGAAACAGAUGAGGAUUCUCAUGGUUGGUUUGGAUGCUGCUGGAAAAACUACCAUCCUGUACAAGUUGAAGUUGGGAGAAAUUAUAACAACUAUACCCACGAUCGGAUUCAAUGUAGAGACUGUGGAGUAUAAAAAUAUAUGUUUCACUGUUUGGGAUGUUGGUGGUCAAGAUAAGAUCAGGCCUCUGUGGCGACACUACUUUCAAAACACACAAGGGUUGAUAUUCGUAGUGGAUUCAAAUGAUCGUGACAGACUUUCUGAAGCAGAAAAAGAGCUUCAGAAUAUGUUGAGGGAAGACGAGUUACGUGAUGCUGUGCUGCUUGUUUUUGCCAAUAAACAAGAUCUUCCAAAUGCAAUGAAUCCUUCAGACUUGACUGACAAGUUAGGCCUCAACCAUUUGAGGAAUCGUCAAUGGUACAUCCAAUCGACUUGCGCAACUCAAGGACAUGGGCUAUGUGAGGGUUUAGAUUGGCUUUCAAACGAAUUGGCUAAAAAGUGAUUUGGUGAUCAUUAACAAAAAUAUUAAUGUGCUACCUAAAACUGUGUGAAUUCCGAUUUGUAAAUCUUUAUAAGAACAAGCAACAUUCCCGAAUACCAUCUUUUCUAUUCAAAUGUGAAAUAAAGGCCAUUCUUUUGUACAAUAAUUGUGAAUCCAUUGUACAUACAGUCAUUACGAUUAUGUAUUUCUUUGAAAGUUAAUAAAUGAAAAAUUGUCAUAAGUUUUAA